AUGACAGCCUCAUCAAAUGACGAUGACCUAAUAUUCGAAUGUUAUAGCGAUCCUGAGUUAAAAAGAUGGACACACCUUGCUAAUGCAAAAGCUUGGAAAGGUAUUCUGACCGUGCAGCAGUACGCUGAUAGGGAACAAUUGCUAGGGUCUUCAGAGAUUUCUCAAAAGAAUAAAUCAAAUGAAAUGAUGACAAAAUACCCAAAAAGUUACCAGUGGCUUGGGCAGAAGUACUUUGUUUUAAAGGAUCGAUCUUUGCCAGAUAAUGGAAAAUUUAGUCAAGUUGUUUCCAGUUGCGAAACUUUAAACAGGAUUGGAUAUUGUAUUCAUCCGGGUUCUAAUGGAAAAAUCGAGCCAGCUUUGAUUGUAUGCAUUGGGGGCGUCUUUACCUUUGAAAACCAUCGCGGCAAGGGCUACGCCAAGAAGAUGAUUAUCAAACUGAAUGAAUUUUAUGACAAGAUUCGUGAUGACGCUAACACCGUACUAGAAUUGAAAAAUUUGGUGAUUAACCUUUACAGCGAAGUCGGAGAAUAUUAUUCCGCAUUAGGAUACGAGAGUAUGCAUGUUCCCUUGCACCGCAUUUCUAAAUUAGAUGAACUUACUGAGAGAUACUGUGGAGAAGAUGAUGACCAUGAUGGUAAGUACUUGGGAUUUGAUGAUUACAGGGGUUUAGUAGGACUACAUGAGACACAGUUCAAAGAAAGCUUAUUAAGUUUACACAAAGAAAACCCAGAGAAGUUUGUUUUUACCGUUGCGCCAGACUUUGACAUUUUCACAUGGUUUCAGUAUCGUGAUCUUUUUAUCAUGAAUAAAUCAGGAAGAAAAGCCCAGCAAAAUCUGUUUUUUGGAUACGCGUUGAGUGAUAACAGCCACAUCAUAUGGCAUCACAAUUGGAACGGUGAUUCUCUGAUUAUUGUCAAAAUCCAUAUACCUGAAGAAACAUUUCAAAGGAAAGAAUUGAAGCUCAAAAAAUUACUAAGGAAGGCCAUAGAAGAGACAAAGCUUCAUGGAUUGCAAGAAUUAGAAUUUUGGGACGAAGAAAUUCCCAUCAAAAAGUACCCACAAUUGUUUCAGUUAUUAACAGAGCUUGAAAAUGAAUCUAAAGUUUUCUCAGAAAACGGUUCCAUCAGUGCUGUUCGUCCCCCCAAAGGAUAUACAGCCGAGCAGGUAAUUUGGGAUAACAAUACCAAAUUCUGUUGGUUUUAA